UAAUAGACACAACAGAUGAUCAUGUUUUAUUAUCUCACACAACUUCUUCAACUCAGCACACAAAGUGUCUCUCUGUGCUCCUGGUCCGGACCUGGACCCGAUCCGGAUCUCUCUCAGCUCCUCCCGCGGUGCACGCGCCUCUUCCCGGGGCUUCUUUCUGAAAGUUAGGAUUUUGGAUUUUGCUGUGAGCUCGAGCCUGAGAUGGACUUUGACUGUGACUCCAGAGAGCAGCGGGUCGUGCUUUAGUUGUAGUCUGGACUCUGUCAGGUGCGCAGGGCCCCAAAGACCCGCAGAGACCUGCUCCAGCCGGCCCCGGAUCCUGCACAGAAGUGGUCCUGAUGUUAGCGGUGGGUCAGAUGGACGGGUCCCGACAGAGCGCCUUCCUCCUCAGCACCCCUCCUUUAGCAGCUCUGCACAGCAUGACCGAGAUGAAGACCCCGCUGUACCCGGCGUACCCGCUCUCCUCCACCGGCCCCAACUCCUCUACCUCACCGGCCACCACCUCUCCGAACCCGGGCGGCAUGGCCGUGUCCUCCCCGGGGAUCAAGAGCUCCACGGGGCUGUCCUCGGGGCUCGGCUCCCCGCAGCAAUGCUCCUCCGCCACCCCUCACGGAAUAAACGACAUCCUGAGCCGGCCCACCGCCGCCAGCACCGGCGCCACGGUGGCGGUGGCCGCCGCCGCCGCCGCCUCCUCCUCGGCGGGGAUCCUGUCGGGGCUGCCCCGGUUCAGCAGCCUCAGCCCGCCGCCGCCUCCCGGACUUUACUUCAGCCCCAGCGCCGCCGCGGUGGCGGUGGCCCGGUACCCGAAACCCCUGGCGGACCUCCCGGGCAGGACGCCGAUCUUCUGGCCGGGAGUCAUGCAGAGCCCGCACUGGAGGGACGCCAGAUUCGCGUGUUCACCCCAUCAGAACUCCGUGUUACUGGAUAAAGACGGGAAACGGAAACACACGCGACCCACGUUCUCUGGGCAGCAGAUAUUCGCUCUGGAAAAGACUUUUGAACAAACUAAAUAUCUGGCGGGGCCGGAGAGAGCGCGGCUGGCCUACUCUCUGGGCAUGACCGAGAGCCAGGUCAAGGUCUGGUUCCAGAACAGACGGACCAAGUGGAGGAAAAAGCACGCGGCGGAGAUGGCCACCGCCAAGAAGAAGCAGGACUCUGAGACCGAGAGGCUGAAGGGCACCUCGGACAACGAGGACGAAGACGACGACUACAACAAACCUCUGGACCCGAACUCAGACGACGAGAAGAUCACACAGCUGCUGAAGAAACACAAGCCGGGCUCGGCGCUGCUGCUGCACACGUCGGAGAACGACAGCUCCUAAUUCUUGGUUUCCGUUUGUGGGAAAUGACACUGAACUCCCGGAGUCACAGCUCAAGAUGAUUUUUUUCUGUCUCUUUUUCCUUUUGUGCACGCGGACGGAGGACUUCCUGUCGGGACGAACACUUUGUGGCCCCUUCAAAAAGAGAAAGUCAGAAAGUUGUAAAUAGAAACGUGAGUUGUGUCCGAUAGAAAUUAUCCUGCUGUGAAUCAUUCAUGUGUAAAGACAGAUUUUGUACAGAUCAGCUAAAGAAAACAAACAAACACUUUUAGUUCGUUUUGUAUUCACAGAAACAAACAAACAAAAAACCCUUCAACGGGUCCGCGAAGGCCUCUUCACCCGCCCCUGAACGCACCACACGCACCUGUACAUACAGCCGAAUAUUUCCUCACAUUUUUAUUUAUAUGUCUGAAGUUGUGAGUGAAGCCUGCAGCUGUGUAUCAUGGCGGGUCAAUGUAAUGCACUUUUAUUUAAUAAAAACUCAAAUGUUUGCUUGUUGUUUUCAGCCGGAACAUUUUAAUUAAUACACGUGUUUAAUUCAUUAAUGACGGCAUUGAUUAAUGAAUUCAUUUAACGGGCAGAGCGGUCGAUAAAUCAUCUGCUUUAAUCGAAUAUUUUAAUCAAUAUUAAUUAUUUAACCCCCGUUAGAUUAUUAUGCGAUGCUGCCAUCACAUAUCUAAUUAUUGUUAUUAUUAUUAUUAUUAUGGGACUCGCUGCUGAGAUCAUUUCAGGCCUUUUCUGUUUUAGCCUAUUUAAUUUUCUUUUUGUUUUUUAAUUUUAUUUUACAGAUAUUUUUUAAACUCUGAAACAUUGCUGAGAGGACUUUAAAGCACAGAUAAAAAAAAAAGCGGAAAUUUGCGCUCAAACGAAAAAACAUCCAGAUUUUAUUUAUUUUAAAAAUAAAAAUCGUGACAAUUUAAAUUGAAUGUUGAGAGGAGGAGGAGUAGAAAAAAAAGCCAAUAAGUUGUCGGUGUGAAGCUUCACGGUUUCAUCAGCAGCUCGUUUUCUCCCAAAUUGAAAGUCAGUGAAGCGACCUGCAGCCAGCUGAUCUUUAAUUCAUCACAUGUGGAUCCGGAUGUAACUGCUGCUGCGGGUCACGUGUCUCAUCACAACACCACUCUGAAAAUAAUAUUUAGGAACGAAAGAUAUAAAGUUCUAAAUGAAAUGAUGCGCGGAUGAUUUGGGUUGUGAUAGACCGGGGUGUGCGCGCUGUCUGAGCCGGGAACAGGCGCCUCUCUGCCGGCUGCGAUGAGCUCCUCUCCUCGGGGUCUGGAGCUUUAAUGACCUGGAGACUUUAUCAGCUGCGAUCAAACACUGAUGACACGUGAUGGCUGUUUUAACUCUUUGUGACGCAUUUCCUCUCACACACCACGAUGAUGGAGUAAUAUUAAUAUCGAAAAAUUAAUUUGUCUUCUUAAAAAAAUUCUUUUUCUUUUCUUGGCUUCGCUAAAACCCAAAAUGCGGAAAUCAAAGUGAUGACUGUUCACUCAAACUGCACAAAACACAAACAAUAUUUUUUAUUAUAACACAGAAUAACGAAAUAUCUCAUGUUUGAUAUGAACAAAUAUGUUUUAAUGAGACAUUUCUAACCUCCUGCUCACCUUUAAUGUACAAACUGUUGUAUAAUCAUGAUUUUAGAGGUUUAAUGUCGCCUUAAAACAUUUGUCACAGAUAUAUUUGAUUUAUUUAACUCAAACAGAAGACGUGUAAAAUCAUGUGUCAUGAAAUUAACAAAAUCCUGAAUUUGUUCUCUGAUAUUUUAAAGAACAUCAGGGUUCAUAAGAUUUAUUCUGCCUGUUUGUUUUUUUAUUAAUUCAUAAUUUAGAAUUUCAGCAGUGUUUUAUUCAGCUGUGUUAUUUUGUUCUGAAGCUGCGAAACAUUUAGACCUUCAUGGUUUUUAUUUUAUUGUCUUUCUAAAAUGUUUUUAAUGGCAUUUAUUAUCAGGUUCAUGUGAACAGAAAUAAUAUUCCACAACUCACCAUACACAUAAACAACAUGCUACAGGCUCAAUGUAAUAAUAAUAAUAUAUAUAUAUAUACGACACCUUUCAUGCAAGAAAUGCAGCUUAGACAGAAAGGAGAUAAAACAGACCAACAUGACAGUUCAAUAAUAUAAAUUAUUCCUUCACAUGCAGCAUGUAAAUCCUGUUAAUUCAAUUUAUAGUUCAUUUAAUCUAAAUAAUGAAUUCAAAUUAAAUAGUAAUUAAAUUAAAGCACAUUUUCUUGUCGUCCUCGAGCUUCAUCUUCAAACUGUGACUCAGCAGUUUGUUCAUGACCCGACGUUUUUCUGCUUCUUUAUUUGAGCUGAAAUCAAACAGCAGCUUUUUUAAAGGAUGGUUUAAAGUUAAGUUGUUUUAUUAGUGUGCCGUGCAGAGCAGAGUCAGAGGCAGCCGUCUGAGCUGAGAACAUAAUCUGCUGCUGCUUCACAGUGUUUUCACCUCGACAUCAUUGCUGUAGAUUUUCAGAUGUGAAUAAUUGUCCCAGAGCCGAGGACCUGCAACAUGACGACCCCUGAGGGUCAUCCUGUGGCCCCUCACAGGCUCCUGACCCUCAGGUUGGGAACCUUCGUCCUGCGUAGAGGAAUACAACAAAAAAUGUGUUAAAUUUAUUCUUUCAUUUUAAAUAUAGUGACACCAAGAAAAACCAAAAAUCAUAAAACAGAGCUGAAACAAUUAGCUGAAUAAUUAGUUUAUUAACAGACAAUUAAUUUGCAGCUAUUUUGAUUUAUUGUUUCAGUCAUUAUUACCAAACAGAAAUGUAAACAAAACAAAAACCUUUUUUUGUUUUAAAUCUCUGAAAAUCUUUUUGUCAGACAGAAGGAGACAUCUGAAGACGUCACGUUGGGCUCUAAAUGUUGAUGAUAAAAAUAUUUUUAUUACAUUUAGAAAGACAGUCGUUGGUCCUAACUGAUUUAUUUGAAUUUAGGCACAACAGGAGUUAGAAUGAAAAAAUAAUCUGUCUAUGAGAUUCACCACCUCAUCUCGGCUGCUCUGCACACGUUACACUCCGUCAGCCUUCGAACAGAAAUGUGAAACAUUGAGCUGAUUCUGUGAUUUUCUCUGGUGUCUGUCUCAGUGAGCUGGACGUCUGAGGGUAAAAUGAGACAUCUGAAGACUCAUAACAAACGUUUUCACCUUCUUCUGCCUUUUUAUAGAAACAAAAACAUUUAAUGAGAAAUAUUUGACACAGUGAGAGUGAGGCCAUCAGGUCAUGAUGUAAAAACAAACAGGAGAAAUCAGUCGAAAUAAUAAAACCAAUAAAAUCACAAAUCAGAACAUCAGGACAAAAAAUAAAUGCGUCAAUAAUUAUAAUCCAAUAAUACAGAUUAUUCUGCAUUAUUUCACUCUUAGCUGAGCAUUUUGAGCUCCUCCACUGAGAACGAGUUAUUAACAACCUGAACCAAGACUUUGUUUAUCUGCAGCACAGAUGGAUUACUGACACGGCCUUAAGAGGGCCCGACAGGUCAGGGGCCCCUGAGCCAGAGCCUCUGUGUGUCGCUGGGUUAAUCACAUAUAUUAUUUUAAAUUCUAUUUUAUAUUUUGCCAACGAAACACAGCUGUAUCUCCCGUGUCCUCUGAUGGUUUCCUCUGAUAUUUAGUACCGUGUCUGACAGUGUUCGGUAUCAUAUUAUUACAUCUGGUGAAGUUUAUGUGUCUGCCGUGGAUGGAUUACUGAACAGGUCUACUGGGGAUCGGCCCAGGGGCCCAAAGUGUCAGGGGCCCCUUGGCCUUCAUUUGUAAAAUGUCAAACAUCAAAUUAACCAAUGUGUCCUCGCACUACGGUUCGUCUGAUAUCCUGCAAAAAUGCCAACCUACAGUUCGUAAGAUGUCCAACAAAUUAGUGUCCUACAGAUGAUGUUCCGUCCUUAACGUAAAGAUACAGAGGUUUGGUUUAAAUAAGAAAAAAAAAAAAAAAGAUUCAAUGUUCAAAUGUUUCUGAACACUCGACACAUCCUCACUGUGACCUCGUCACAUGUCCACGUUUGGUCAUGGACUUUCCACGUCCACAUAUGACGUCCAAGGUACCCUGGGUGUGUUGGUUGUUGACGUUCUGGGACGCCGUGUCAACUUCAGCCUGUUACAUGCAUUGUCUGUUUUCAAAAUACACUUCUGUUUUCACAGGAAAUGUACAGUUUGCAUACAGUCUCUUUCAAAAUAAAAGCACUACGUCAGUACAACACCGCAAAUUCAUGUUUUGUGGUUGAGUAUUGGAAAAAAGGAACAGGGUUUGGCUUUAGAACCUUACGUGACGCGAGCACCACUUCCUUGGGUGAAAGUUGGUGGUUACUGGAUCCAUCUGCCUCUCCUGCCGCCUGCCUUUGUUGAUCCCUCGCCGCCUUAGCUGUCGUCCUUGUCACGCCGUGUUUCCCCCUGACGCCGCUGGGCACCAUUAAACCAUAACGGUAACCGGCCGCAUAUCAUGCCGAUGUGGAAGGAUGCCUUUUUCGUCGUUUCUGAUUUUGAUGACUUCUGAGUAAGACCAGGCUCAUUCUGUGACCCUUCCACCACCCCAACCUGCCCGCUAACUGGACCGCUGCCUUCUUUACUCCCGUCAGCAUAUUGGUCACAUGAUCGCAGCCUUCCAAAUUACAGUGGUUAUGCAUGAAUUACUGCUUCAUCAUUACAGAGGGUAUGUAAGUAUUUCGAUGUAUUACUUUUCGUAGGAAAACGUACAAACAGUGCAUGAGAGCAGAAUGAAUUAAUACGUACCGAUCAGGAAGAGACACAAACUCACCCCAAAGAGACGCAAAACAAGGAAACACAAAACCACAAAGAUACAUAUCUACAAAGAGACCCCAAACCACCACAUAAUCCAUAUGUCUUGCUCCUGUGUAGGAGAGCUGGUGGGACCCUUUGUAUAUCUCUGCCCAGGGGCCCCCUGUCUCUGAACUGUCGCCAUCCAUGACUUGAUAUUCACAGAACAGCC